AUGUCCGAAGAGGAGAAAUUGUUGAAAGAGGCGAAGAAAUUGCCUUGGGAAGAUCGGUUGUUGCACAAGAACUGGAAAGUGCGUAACGAAGCCAACAUCGACUUGGCUGCCCUUUGCGAUUCCAUCACCGAUCCAAAGGACCCCCGGUUACGAGAAUUCGGCCCGUUGUUCAGGAAAACCGUGGCGGAUUCAAAUGCACCUGUGCAAGAGAAAGCACUCGAUGCGUUGAUAGCUUUUCAACGAGCUGUAGAUGCUGAUGCUGGAAGGUUCGCGAAGGAGGUAUGUGAUGCAAUUGCUGCGAAGUGUCUUACUGGUCGGCCAAAGACAGUGGAGAAGGCACAGGCAGCAUUCAUGCUUUGGGUAGAGCUGGAGGCAGUGGACGUUUUUCUGGAUGUAAUGGAGAAAGCUAUCAAGAACAAAGUUUCUAAAGCUGUUGUGCCUGCAAUUGAUGUUAUGUUUCAAGCUUUAAGUGAGUUUGGCGCCAAAGUUAUUCCACCAAAGCGGAUUUUGAAGAUGCUGCCAGAAUUAUUUGAUCAUCAGGAUCAAAAUGUCAGGGCUUGCUCAAAAGGACUUACCCUUGAGCUUUGUCGAUGGAUUGGCAAAGACCCCGUGAAGUCAAUAUUGUUGGAGAAGAUGCGUGAUACUAUGAAAAAAGAGCUGGAGGCCGAGCUCGCUAACGUUUCUGGGGCUGCUAAGCCAUCUCGCAAAAUCAGAUCUGAGCAAGACAAGGAGCCAGAGCCGGAAAGUGUAGCAGAAGCUGUCGGUCCUAGUCAAUCUGAAGAAUCUGUGGCUGAUGUGCCCCAGGAAAUCGAUGAAUAUGAGCUUAUUGAUCCUGUUGAUAUUUUGACUCCUCUAGAAAAGUCAGCCUUUUGGGAUGGCGUGAAAGCUACCAAAUGGUCAGAAAGAAAAGAGGCUGUGGGAGAGCUGACCAAGCUGGCUUCGACAAGGAGGAUAGCGCCUGGUGAUUUUUCUGAAGUUUGCCGGACAUUGAAGAAGCUUAUUACGGAUGUGAACAUAGCUGUUGGAGUUGAGGCAGUCCAAGCAAUCGGAAAUCUUGCAAGGGGUCUCAGGACACACUUCUCUGCAAGUUCUCGGUUCUUGUUGCCCGUGUUACUUGAAAAAUUGAAAGAGAAAAAGCCUACAAUGGCCGAGGCACUGACACAAACACUGCAAGCUAUGCAUAAGGCAGGAUGCUUAAAUCUUGUAGACAUUGUUGAAGAGAUUAAGACAGCAACCAAAAAUAAAGUUCCCCUAGUGCGUUCAUUAACUUUGAAUUGGGUGACAUUUUGCAUUGAAACGAGCAGCAAGGCUGUUGUUUUGAAGGCACAUAAGGAUUAUGUGCCCAUUUGUAUGGAGUGUCUCAAUGAUGGGACCCCUGAAGUGAGGGAUUCAGCAUUUGCAGCUUUGGCAGCAAUAGCUAAGUCGGUUGGUAUGAGGCCAUUGGAGAGGUCGCUGGAGAAACUGGACGAUGUUAGGAAAAAGAAGCUUUCUGAAAUGAUUGCAGGUUCAGGAAGUGGUUCCACAGCUGUUACAAGCUCAGAUACCGGUCAAGCUGUUGGCAGUAUUGCAUCUUCUGCUGAGACCACCGGGGGUUCUUUUGUGAGGAAGUCCGCAGCUAGCAUGCUUAGUGGGAAGAGGCCUGCUGCAGCUGCUCCUGCCAACAACAAAAAGCCUGGGUCUGCAAAGGUUAGUACCACUAAGAAAGGCGAUGGAGCUGGCCGUGCUGACGCUUCGAAGAUUGAACCACCUGAGGAUGUUGAACCAGCAGAGAUGGGUCUUGAAGAGAUAGAGAGCAGAUUAGGUUCUCUUGUGCAAGCUGAGACCAUUACUCUCUUGAAAAGCACUGUGUGGAAAGAGCGGCUUGAAGCAAUGUCCUCAUUGCGACAACAAAUUGAGGGCUUACAGGAUCUUGAUCAGUCAGUGGAAAUUUUGACACGUUUAGUCUGUGUCCUUCCUGGUUGGAGUGAAAAAAAUGUUCAGGUCCAGCAGCAGGUUAUUGAAGUUGUCACCCAUCUAGCUUCAACAGCAAAAAAAUUCCCGAAGAAAUGUGUCGUACUCUGUAUACUGGGCAUAGGUGAACGGGUAGCUGAUAUUAAGACCAGAGCACAGGCUAUGAAGUGUCUUACCACUUUCUCAGAAGCUGUUGGUCCUGGAUUUGUUUUUGAACGACUUUACAAAAUCAUGAAAGAACACAAGAAUCCUAAGGUUCUUAGUGAGGGGAUAUUGUGGAUGGUCUCAGCAGUUGAGGACUUUGGUGUGUCACUCUUAAAGCUUAAGGACUUGAUUGAUUUCUGUAAAGAUAUUGGGCUGCAGUCAAGUGUUGCUGCCAGCAGAAAUGCCACAAUCAAGCUUUUAGGUGUUUUGCAUAAGUUCGUUGGUCCAGAUAUCAAGGGUUUUCUGGCGGAUGUCAAACCUGCUUUGCUUAGUACACUCGAUGCAGAGUAUGAGAAAAAUCCUUUUGAGGGUGCUGCUGCAGCUCCUAAGAGGACAGUCAAGGCAUCUGAAGCCACAUCCGCUCCAUCUUCUGGUGGAUUGGAUGGCUUGCCUCGUGAAGACAUUAGUGGAAAAAUAACGCCUACUCUUCUGAAAGGCUUUGAAAGUCCUGAUUGGAAGAUCCGAUUAGAGUCUAUUGAAGCUGUUAAUAAGAUUUUGGAGGAGGCUAAUAAGCGCAUUCAACCUACGGGAACUGGUGAUCUGUUUGGUGCUCUUAGAGGUCGUCUAUAUGACAGCAAUAAGAAUCUGAUCAUGACAGCUUUGGCAACAAUUGGUGGUGUUGCUUCUGCUAUGGGUCCUGCUGUGGAGAAGUCCAGCAAGGGCAUUCUCUCGGAUAUUUUGAAAUGUCUAGGCGAUAAUAAGAAACAUAUGAGAGAAUGUACAUUGGCUACACUGGAUUCCUGGGUUUCUGCUGUUCAUUUUGAUAAAAUGGUUCCAUACAUCGCAACUGCUUUGGUUGAAAAUAAGCUUGGUGCUGAAGGGCGCAAGGAUCUCUUUGAUUGGUGCUCAAAACAGUUGUCUGGCUUGAGUGAUUUUUCUGAUGCUGUGCAUCUCUUGAAACCAGUUGGUUCCGCAAUGACGGACAAGUCGGCCGAUGUUCGAAAGGCUGCAGAAGCAUGCAUCAUCGAGGUUGUGAGAGUCUGUGGAACAGAGACUAUUGAGAAGCAUCUGAGGGACAUUCAGGGGCCAGCAUUAGCUAUUAUUAUGGAGCGUAUUAGACCUGAUUCUUCCUUUCAAGAGCCGUUUGAUUCGGCAAAAGCAAUGCCAUCUGUCCCGGCAUCUAGGGCUAGCACAAAGGUCGGAAGAUCAGCUGCUAAUGGAGUCUCAAAGCAUGCAAACAAAGCAGUUUCCUCUAGAAUUGCACCAGCUAAGGGUUCGAGGGUAGAUCCAGUCUUGGCUGCUCAUGACAGGGCUGUACAAUCACAGGCAUUAUUGAAUGUUAAAGACUCGAACAAGGAUGAGAGAGAGAGAAUUGUGGUCAAACGGUUUAAGUUUGAAGAACCUCGUCUGGAACAGAUUCAAGAUCUUGAGGUUGAUAUGAAUAGAUAUUUUAGAGAGGACUUGCACAGACGGCUCCUUAGUACAGAUUUUAAGAAACAGGUUGAUGGACUUGACCUGCUACAGAAGGCACUUCCAUCCAUAAAGAAAGAAGUUAUCGAGGUUUUGGAUAUAUUGUUGAGGUGGUUUGUCUUGCAGUUUUGCAAGUCUAACACAACGUGCAUGUUGAAGGUUCUCGAAGUCCUCCCUGAACUUUUUGAGAUGCUUCAGAAUGAAGGAUACAAUUUAACUGAAGCAGAAGCAGCAAUAUUCCUUCCAUGCUUGUCAGAAAAGUUGGGGCAUAACAUCGAGAAAGUCAGAGAAAAGAUGCGUGAACUUGCCAAGCAGAUAAUUCAAGCGUACUCUGCAGCGAAAACUUUCCCAUAUAUCUUGGAGGGUCUGCGCUCAAAAAAUAACCGUACUCGCAUAGAGUGUGCAGACCUGGUGGGGUUCUUAAUAGAACAUCAUGGGACAGAGAUUGGUGGGCAGUUAAAAUCCCUCCAAGUGGUUGCCAGCUUGACAGCUGAAAGGGACGGUGAAACUCGGAAAGCUGCUCUAAAUGCUCUAGCCACUGGAUACAAAUACCUUGGUGAGGACAUAUGGAGAUUUGUUGGCAAGCUAACAGAAGCUCAAAAGAGUAUGUUGGAUGAUAGAUUUAAGUGGAAGGUCCGCGAGAUGGAGAAACGGAGGGAAGGACGUCCAGGUGAUGCUAGAGCCGCUUUGAGAAGAUCUGUUAGGGAAAAUGGGGCUGAGGUGGCGGAGCAGAGUGGAGAAGUAUCACAGUCUAUACCUGGUCCAGCACUUAUAAGGAAAAAUUAUGGUAUGCACGAUCAAAUGGAAAGACAUAUAAUUCCCUCUGCACUUGCUGGCGCAAACAGCCCAUCUGACUGGAAUGAAGCUGUUGACAUAAUUGCCUUUGGCUCUCCAGAGCAGUCAGUGGAAGGAAUGAAAGUUGUGUGCCAUGAGUUGGCACAGGCUACUGCUGAUCCUGAGGGCAGUACGAUGGAUGAAUUGGUGAAGGAUGCCGAUAGACUGGUUUCUUGUUUAGCGAACAAGGUUGCCAAGACUUUUGAUUUCAGUUUGACAGGAGCCUCAUCGAGGUCUUGUAAAUAUGUCCUGAACACCCUCAUGCAGACUUUUCAAAACAGGAGGCUUGCACAUGCUGUUAAGGAAAGCACACUUGACAGUCUCAUAACAGAACUUCUACUUUGGCUUCUAGAUGAGAGGGUGCCUCAUAUGGAUGAUGGUAGCCAGCUUCUGAAAGCUCUAAAUGUGCUGAUGCUAAAAAUUCUGGAUAAUGCAGAUAGGACAUCUUCAUUUGCUGUUCUGAUCAAUCUCUUGCGCCCACUGGAUCCAUCUCGAUGGCCUUUACCUGCUUCGACAGAAGCUUUUGCCAUCAGGAAUCAGAAGUUCUCUGAUCUUGUUGUCAAAUGCCUUAUCAAACUCACAAAGGUUCUUCAAAGCACAAUUUACGAGGUCGAUCUUGACCGCAUUCUUCAAAGCAUCCACAUAUACUUGCAGGAGCUGGGAAUGGAAGAAAUUAGGAAAAGGGCUGGAGCUGAUGAUAAGCCACUGCGUAUGGUGAAGACUGUUUUACACGAACUUGUUAAGCUCCGGGGGGCUGCAAUUAAGGGUCACCUCUCUAUGGUUCCUAUAGACAUGAAACCGCAACCAAUAAUUCUUGCAUACAUUGAUCUCAACCUUGAGACUUUAGCUGCUGCAAGAAUGUUGACCUCAACUGGACCCGUUGGCCAAACUCAUUGGGGUGAUUCUACAGCUAAUAACGCAUCAUCUGCAACACACUCAGCCGAUGCCCAGUUAAAGCAAGAACUUGCAGCCAUAUUCAAGAAAAUUGGUGAUAAGCAGACAUGCACCAUUGGUCUUUAUGAACUGUAUCGUAUUACUCAGCUGUAUCCCAAGGUUGAUAUUUUUUCUCAGCUUCAAAAUGCUAGCGAAGCAUUUCGAACGUACAUUAGAGAUGGUUUAGCUCAGAUGGAGAAGAAUGCUGCAGCUGGAAGGACUCCUUCUAGUACGCCAAUGUCUACACCUCCUCCAUCGGCUCUCAUCAAUGUUUCCUCACCUGACUUUGCACCUCUGUCACCUGUUCAAACAAACUCCUUAGGCGGUGACGUAAAGUCGUUGCACGUGAGGCCUGAGCCGCCAACCAACUUCCAUCUACCGCCCGCAUAUGGUGAAGAUGGCCGAGGAGGUCUCAAUGUGCUUGCUUCAAGAAGCCGCGUCUCUGAAAAUGACCAAAGAAAUGAGAAAUUGAUAACCACUGGGACGCUGGAUGCUAUAAGGGAGAGGAUGAAGAGCAUGCAACUAGCUGCCACCGGCGGGAAUGUACCAGACUCUGGUGCUAGGCCAUUAAUGUCUAUGAAUGACAAUGUGAACAACAACAACAGCUUGGCUGCUGCUCAGGUCGCUCCUCGUGCAGCCGAACAUGUGGAUGCUGAGAAUCCUGCACAUGGCGGGAUCCAUCCAAUGGACGAGAAGGCGCUCUCGGGGCUCCAGGCCCGAAUGGAAAGAUUGAGAAGUGGCUCUUUUGAUCAGCUGUAG